GUGGUAUGGGGAAGACAGAGGCAGAAGUUAGAGUGUUCCAUGAAACUGAACAACUCUCUAUGGCACUUGCAGAAUAUGUGAUUGAGAACUCUGAUGCUGCAGUCAAGGAAAGAGGAGCAUUUUCCAUUGUUCUUUCUGGGGAAAAUCUCAUUCACCUCAUGGGGACACUAUUAAAGCCUCCCUAUGAAAGAAUGGUGGAUUGGUCCAAGUGGCAUCUGUUUUGGGCUGAUGAGAACAUUCUCCCAAAGAAACACCUCGACAGUUUCCACCGCGAAGACAGAGAAGCUUUCAUUUCGAUGGCUCCUAUAAAAUCGGAGAACAUUUUCGAAGUGAGACUCGGUGUAUCGGCGGAGAAGGCAAUGGAGGAGUACGAGUUUACGAUCAGGCAGGAGGUGAAGAGUCGGACGGUGGAUGUUUCACCAUCAAGCGAUAAUCCGAGAUUCGAUUUGAUCUUGUUGGAGCUAGGAGAGGACGGACACGUAGCUUCGCUGUUCCCAAAUGACCCUGUGUUGAGUGAGGAAUCACAGUGGGUAGCAUGUGUCGACAGAGAAGGAAAGGAAAGCGUCACCCUCACCCUUCCUGUGAUCAACUCGGCAGCCAACGUUGCGAUUGUGGCUACUGGUAGUGACGUGGCUGAGAGCUUAUCUUUGGCACUUGGGGACCCACUCUCUAGUGGGUCUAACCCGGCUCAGAUGGUCUCGCCCAGAGAGGGAAAUCUUGUCUGGUUUGUUGAUGGCAGCGCUGCUGCUCUCCUCCCCGGGAACAACGGUGGGGAAAGCUCUUCCACGUAG